GACUCGAGCUGAUGUGUGUCAGCGCGACAUGGGGCGGGGGGAGGGUUCUCUUCGGAUAUUUCAUUCGCCAUCUGCACGUCACUCCCAAACUUUUCCUCCCUGCGCUCGGAGAGUCAGGUUGACGCGCCCUGGAUGCGGGGCUCGAGGCGCGGGGCUGGGCGCGCUCCCGCGGAGCUGGAGCCGCAGAGCCUCCCGGGCUGGACUCGGGCUUCUCAGGAAAUCUAAGAUUUUUAAGAGUUUGCUCCCCAUGAAGAGGAAACAUUCCAAAGGAACUCAGGAUGUAAAAGUGGAGACCUUUACAGGUGUCUCCAUGGAUGGCAUGCCAAUUCAUCUGUCAAAGAGAAGACCAUGAUAUCUUCUAAUCUCAUGUGUGUUUCCAUGUUCUCCGGCGAUAAUUCUUCUACUUUUUUUUGUGCCAUGGGAAAAACCUGAAGGGCAGGCAGAAUUGCUCCUGAACUUGUGAGCUUCUCUGUGGUUGCAGUGGCUCUUGUAGAACAUGACAAUUGGAGAUCACUUCCUUUUGUUGUCUUUCAGAGCUGAAGCAAAGAAUGUCCUUCCUCAUUCUCUAGUGCUCUGCUCAUUGUUACAUUUGUUUCUGUUGCUUGUGCCUUCCAACCAUCUUAUGUAAUCACAAGACAUCCUUAAAGUUUUCCAGCACGGCUUGUAGGCAUCCGAAUCCCUGGGGGGCUCACCCACAGCUCAGUAAGCCAGCAGUCCCGGGCACUACCAUGAGACACUGCAUUAAUUGCUGCAUACAGUUGUUACCCGAGGACGCACACAAACAGCAGGUGGGCUGCCGAGGAGGCUCCCAUCACGGUCACCAGGCGUGCCCCACGUGCAGAGGAGAAAACAAAAUUCUGUUUCAUGUGGACAGUAAGCAGAUGAACUUGCUUGCUGUUCUCGAAGUGAGGACUGAAGGGAACGAGAGCUGGGGUGGGUUUUUGCGGUUUAAGAAGGGGAAGCGAUGUAGCCUCAUUUUUGGACUAAUAAUAAUGACCUUGGUGAUGGCUUCUUACAUCCUUUCUGGGGCCCACCAAGAGCUUCUGAUCUCAUCGCCUUUCCAUUAUGGAGGCUUGCCCAGCAACCCCAGCUUGAUGGACAGCGAAAACCCAAGCGACAUGAAAGAGCACCAUCACCAACCCUCUGUAAAUAACAUUUCAUACGUGAAGGACUAUCCAAGCAUUAAAUUAAUUAUCAACAGCAUCACAGCCAGGAUCGAGUUCACAACCAGACGGCUCCCAGACUUAGAAGACCUCAAGAAGCAGGAGUUGCAUAUGUUUUCAGUCAUCCCCAAUAAGUUCCUCCCCAACAGUCAGAGCCCCUGCUGGUACGAGGAGUUCUCGGGGCGGAACACCACCGACCCCUACCUGACCAACUCCUACGUGCUCUACUCCAAGCGCUUCCGCUCCACCUUCGACGCGCUGCGCAAGGCCUUCUGGGGCCACCUGGCGCAUGCGCACGGCAAGCACUUCCGCCUGCGCUGCCUGCCGCGAUUCUACAUCAUCGGGCAGCCGAAGUGCGGGACCACCGACCUCUACGACCGCCUGCGGCUGCACCCCGAGGUCAAGUUCUCCGCCAUCAAGGAGCCGCACUGGUGGACCCGGAAGCGGUUUGGAAUUGUUCGCCUGAGAGAUGGGCUGCGAGACCGCUACCCUGUGGAGGAUUAUCUGGACCUCUUCGACCUGGCUGCACACCAGAUCCAUCAAGGACUGCAGGCCAGCUCUGCGAAGGAGGAGGGCAAGAUGAAUAAAAUCAUUAUCGGGGAGGCCAGCGCUUCCACGAUGUGGGAUAACAAUGCCUGGACAUUCUUCUACGACAAUAGCACGGACGGAGAGCCCCCGUUUCUGACCCAAGACUUCAUCCACGCCUUUCAGCCAGACGCCAAACUGAUCGUCAUGCUCAGGGACCCCGUGGAGAGGUUGUACUCAGACUAUCUCUACUUUGCAAGUUCGAAUAAAUCGGCAGACGACUUCCACGAGAAAGUGACCGAAGCGCUGCAGCUGUUUGAGAACUGCAUGCUCGAUUACUCCCUGCGCGCCUGCGUCUACAACAACACCCUCAACAACGCCAUGCCCGUGCGGCUGCAGGUCGGGCUGUAUGCGGUGUACCUCCUGGACUGGCUCACCGUUUUUAACAAGGAACAGUUUCUCAUCCUGCGCCUGGAAGAUCACGCAUCCAACGUCAAGUACACCAUGCACAAGGUCUUCCAGUUUCUGAACCUAGGGCCCUUGAGUGACAAGCAGGAGGCCUUGAUGACCAAGAGCCCGGCCUCUAACGCACGGCGGCCGGAGGACCGGAACCUGGGGCCCAUGUGGCUGGUCACGCGGAAGAUCCUGCGGGACUUCUACGGGCCUUUCAACGCACGGCUGGCGCAGGUCCUUGCCGACGAGGCGUUCGCCUGGAAGACGUGAGAGCUGCCGUGCUCGCGCUGGGCCAACCAGUGCCGCCAUUGCCAGGAUUUUAAAACCUCUCUUCGUGGGGAACCAUUUCACUCAUGGCGUGGAAAACCCUGGGACUCCCUCUCCCUCCCUGGGGACACACCGAUGAGAACCAUUUCAGAGUUUCCCUUGUGGCGGUCUGUUGAACAGCGAGCGCCCUCCCAGCGCUCCUCCCUCUCAGGCCAGUGGGAGCCGCUGCCUCAAGGAUUCAGCUCCGCUUGGAGAGGCCUGGAGGUCGGGGCGAGGCGGGCUGGCACCGCACGGGUGUGGAAAGGACGCCCGGGGAAGGCAGCCCGGCCCUGCCACCUCCACCUUGGGAGAGCCUGAGUCUGGGAUCCGACGAAGCCCACCAGGGCCUGGGCAGAACUUACACUUCACAUUCACUUUUUUGGUUUUUUCUAGAGAUGAGGUCUCGCCCUGUUGCCCAGGCUGGAGUGCGGUGGCCGUUCACAGGUGCAAUCACGUCAUAUUCACUUUCAGAACACUAUUUUGUCAUGACUGCUAACCUCGUCAGGACAGGGAACGGCAGUUCUUUCAAGAAUAGAGGUUCUUCCAUGUCUUUCCCUUUUGCUCCAAAGGGAAGCCCUGCAAUCUAUUCAGAUAUAAGCCACGUUAUCUUCACUGUUUCCAAGAGAAAAAAAAUAAGCCAGUUUUUGGCAGCACCUUCACCUCUCUGACCUCCUCCCCUCUGUCCUUGUAGACUUGACUUAGGUUUAAUGCAUCUAAAACAAACCACUUUCUGCAUUUGACUAGCCCAAGCUCUCUUUUCUGCCUCCUUAGACAUUUUCUCAAGAAAUUGAGUUUAUAAUUGAAGGGAAAUUUUUGCUCUUAAUGCAAGAAUGUGCAACCUCAAGGAAUUGAACAUUUCGGGGAAAAAUCUAGGUAACUCAAGCACUCAUCCUGUGUCUGAGGUCAUCGGAGAACUGCAGGCUCUGUCUCUCCCCUUCCCACUGGAGUGAGUUUAUUAUCCGCACUGUCCACCAUGUGUGGUCACCGUUCUUAACUACAAGAUACAUGUGUACUGAUUCGGAAACACAACACACGAACUGAACUCAGGCUGAGCAUGCUAUGUUGAGAUUUGGAACGAGAUUGCCAGGAGCCAUGCUCUUAAUGGAACGUUCCAGGCCACUUGGUGGCUUGGCGUACGGAUGGAUGGGCUGAAGAGCUUGUCAUUUCUUGGCAGUCCUGGGGAAGGUUGACAAGCAUGAGUGGCACACAGCCCCAGGUGGGACCCGGAGGAAGCUCUGCACCCGAGUCUUGUCAAGAGAAGCUUCCUGGUGACCACAGUCCUCAGGCCAAGCUCUCGUCCACCAAAGUCAGAAAGUGCAGCCCACACCCCAGUGGGACCUGCACGAGGGAGACAGACUGGGCUUCAGUGGCUGGGGGGUCUGCAUUUGGUCAGCCCUCCAACCCCAGUGCCGUUGUCUUCCUGCCGGUGGAGGCGGGACACACAGCCCGUGUGAGGCCCUCAGCACUGGCAUGGCCGCGGGUAUUUCUGCCUCUGAAGGAGCUGUGUGUCCUGAGCUCCCACUUGCAGGGACAAUCCCGGCCUUUCUCUGCAGCCGGCACUGGGCGCAGCAGCCAGCAGGGAAAUCUGGCCUGAGCACAAGGACGCUUUAGGGAGCUGUCACUGCAGUGUGUGAGUGUAUUUAUUUGCCGUCAGAGUGUGCGUGUGCGGGUGCAUCCUCUGAGUGGGUUCCCUUCAGCCAUGUGCCGACGCGCCUCCGCUCUGGACACAGCCCUUUUAUAGAUUAAUUUCUCUGCCAGUUACCUUGUCAUUUCCAGUACGUAUUUCACUCUGCCACACCAACCAUUCCUACAGCAAGGGGUUUCUCUCACGCCCUCCUAUGCAUGUGAACAACAUGUAGAGUAAUUCUGCUUCUUACAGAAGUACGACUGAGGUAUGAUUUCCAAUAUUAUUUGGUUUAUUAUGCGGAUCGUUUUUAUAUACGCAGGCCCCUCCUUUGUGCCAACCAAGGCCAUCGGACGGUUUCCUCUCGGGGGCCUUUCUGCAGAGGGCACACCUGUUGCCUUGGCUUUCUCUUAGUGGAGGCCCGGCUCUUGGUGACAGGCGGCACAGGCACCGUUCCGGGCGGCGGUUCUCAAGCCUGUCAUUCAAAACCAAAGCAAAAUGGAGCAUUUCUCACGACCUGGUAUUGAAAUGAAUUUGUGUUCUCAAAAGCUGUAUAUCAGAUUGUAUUAAAUUGUACUCCCUUAGUCGGUAUGUUAAGUGAAUUGCAGUUAUGCUGUACCUUUAUUAAUAUUUAACAUAAUUAAAGACGGACCCACAUGGCUGGUACCUGUA